UGCUAACUCUGCAGGACUUUCGACUCCUGUUGAGAUACCACCACCGAAAUGCAAAAGUCUUAUGGAUAUCAAAGUUUCAGACGAGGAGUCAAAAGAAUGUGUUGAAAGGUUCUGCAAAAAAUACUUCCGAUUAGGCGGUCGCGACGUCUCACAAUUUAAUGAAUAUAUUCAAACAGCGACAGAGGGACAUGUGGGUUUGGUUUUUCACAUAUUGCGAAAUACAAAAGGGGCAAUGGAACGACGGAUUCGUGAAAAUCUGUUGACUUGGAAAGAAAUAUUUGCGUACAUGAAUUCACAUGAUUUCAAUUUGACACUUGAUGCAUGUCGUGCUUCACCCAAAGUCAAAAGUUUUUCUCGUGAGCAAUUGGUAAUAUGCGAACAUGUUUACUUAGAUGGGAAGAUUCUUUUCAGACAUCACGAUAUCAACACUCAGUGUUUAGUCAAAUCUGGAAUUCUUGUGGUUAAUGAUGGACGUCUGUAUUUUUCAGCACUCUCAUUAAACGAUCAUUUUUCCAGCAAUGUUAUGGAAGUCAAUACAGUGCCGAAGCUACACCUCUAUCAUUAUAUCAUUUUAUUGUGA